GUCGGCCGCGCGCCGGGCCUCUUGCGCGCCUUUUUUUUUUUUGUGCCCGUCGCGGGGUGAUGACGUGGCGGCGCGGACGCGGGCGCCAUGAAGAGGCGACGCUCGAAGAGCAGACCAACGCCGCACAGGCAACAGAAGAGCAAGAGAACGCUGGGAAACAAAAAGCCCAAGCAGUUGGAGGAGUUUGAAGCCAGUGUUCUAGAGUCGAACAGUAACUACGAUGAGCCCUGCAGUGACUCUUCUUCCACCUCUUCCAAGGGGCAAGUGAACGGGGACUCGGAGCCAGGGGACAAGGAGCCUGUUCGCAGAUCUGCUUGCUGGGUGGAAAUGAGAAGGAUAAAAAUAGCUGGUAACAAGUCCUCUGAGAAGAAAGCUGGAGAAACCCUCUCUAAAGAGAAGAGAAAACCAGAGCCUGGAGAAACCCCCUCUAAAGAGAAGAGGAAACUGGAGCACGAGGAGGAUGAGGACUCUGAAGAAGCUCCCAGGAAGAAGCAGAAAGUUCCUGCCAGGAAGAAGCAUCGAGCACGGGCACAGCAGACUCCAAAAGCGAAAGGGCGCUAUGUACAGAAAGAUCCCCCGAGCUACGAGGCAGGAAGCAGGGAGGACCAGUGGCACCUGGAGAUCCUCGAUAAGGGCCGCAUCACCUGCCCAACCUGCAAAGUCGUGGUGAGGAAGACUGUGGAGGGGCUGAAGAAGCACAUGACAAAUUGCAGCCAGGAAAUGUUCUCGUGUGAUCACUGUGAGAAGCAGCUCAAGUCGGCGGCAGGAAUGAAAUACCACGUCAUGGCGGAUCACAACAGCCUGCCAGCUGCGAAGGAGGGGAGUGAGUCAGAUGAGCAGCACGAGCGAGACCAGCUGCGGAAGGUGCUGAAGCGCAUGGGCAAGCUCAAGUGCACGAGGGAGGGCUGCACGGGCAGCUUCACCAGCAUCAUGGGCUACCUGUACCACAUCCAGAAGUGCGGGAAGGCUGCUGCUGAGCUGGAGAAGAUGGCCCUGAAGUGCCAUCACUGCAGCAAGGCCUACAAGUCCAAGGCAGGGCUUGCCUACCACCUCCGAUCUGAGCAUGGGACGGAAGAGCAGACAAAGAGGUCACAGCUCCAGUGCGAGGAGGAGAGACCAGAGAGGCUGAAGGAAAUGAAUCUGGAGUCCAGCAAGGCCCGCAGGGUCCAGAGGAAGUCAGCCAAGAUGGCCAUCUACUACCUGCAUGAGCUGGCCAGCACAGAGCUGGCCAAGGAGUGGCCCAAGAGGAAGGUGCGGGAGGACCUGAUCCCCGACGAUCGGAAGCUGAAGUACACCCGCCCGGGACUGCCUACCUUCAGUCAGGACAUGCUGGGCAAGUGGAAGUCGGACAUCAAGGUGCACAGAAGGGUCCAUUGUCCCAAUAAGGGCUGCGAGUCGGUGUAUGGCACCGUUGCGGGGCUCAAGGUUCACCUCACCACCUGCACCCUGGGAGACUUUGUGGCUGGGAAAUACAAGUGUCUCCUGUGUGACAAGGAGUUCAUCUCGGAGAGCGGGGUCAAGUACCACAUCAAUGUCCAGCACAGUGAGGACUGGUUUGACAUGGACAUGAAGACCACCAAAAGCUUUGAGAAGCUGAUGAAAACCCAGCGGGGAGAGGAGGAGCCGCGGAAGAAGCAUCUGUCGGCCCGGGGCCGGAAGAAGAGGCACGGACCCGCAUCUGCCAAGAAGCCGCCUGGUGCUAGGGCCGAGACACCACCAGAGGCCGACACACCUCCCGAUGCUGGGGCCGAGAAGCUGCCCGGGGCCAAGAAGCCGCACGGCACCAAGAAGCCACCUAGGUCCGAGAAACCGCCCAGCGCUGAGAAGUCGCCCAGCGCCAGGGCCGAGAGGGGCCUGCGGAGGAGCCUGAGGGGCCACCCCCCAAGCACUGACGAAAGCAAGAGCAUCAAGGAGGAGGAGAAGCCCCUGCCUAUCCCCCGAGCAGCCACCCCUCGAGCAGCUAUGCCCAAAGCCGCCCACCGCCGGGGCAGGAAGUAGAGCACAGAGGGCAGGUGCAUAAAGCUUCCCUACUGCUGCAGUGCCCUGGCCAGCGCACCAGCCGUGUACCUAGUGUAGCAUGGGCCUGGGGCCCGUCAUGCUUGUUUAGUGCUUUUCAA